AUGAAGCUAUCCACAACACUCGCUUUCGGCGCCCUCUUGGCCUUGUCUUCCGCCAUGCCCUUGGAGAGGAGACAAGACAUCACCAUUACCACCACUAUUGACGUCAUCGAGACCGUUGACGUAGUUGUUACCGUCUGGCUUCCACCUGGGGGUCAGCCGGCCGAUCAAGACCAACACCAGCAAGCCGCACAGCCAAAUAUACCAAACCCAGCACCGGUCGUUCAUAUUACCCCUGUGCAAGACGCAACUAUUCCUACCCAAACCCCGCCUCCAGCAGCACAGCAAAAUCCCAACGAAGCAGCUCAAAACCAGGCGAAUCAAGCCCAAGAACAGACAAAUCAUGCCCAAGCAGCUAAGAAUCAGGCUGCUCAAGACCAGUCAAUUCAUGCGCAAGACCUGGCAAAUCAAGCUCAAGAACAGGCGAAUGACAAUAAGGCAGCUCAGAACCAAGCAGCUCAGAACCAGGCAGCUCCUGCACCAAAAUCACCUGCAGUCCCCGCCAAUAGCCCAGCAGCAGCUCCUGCGAAAUCUCCAGCAACCCCACCAGCGACCCAAGACAAUACUUCGUCCGAUCAGACACAGCCAACAUCUGGCGGCUCAUGCGGCGAAAAUGGAGGCACUUGUACAGCCACCAAUGUCACCUAUUUCGGAGGCGGUUUGGGUGCUUGUGGCUGGUCCAACGAUACAACAUCCGAAGACUUCUUUGCUCUUGCUCACGACAUGAUGGGUCUGCAAUCAAACGGAAACCCCUUCUGCGGUCGUACAGCGGCCAUCGUGUACCAGGGCAAGACGAUCCACGGAACUCUGACAGACAAAUGCAUGGGCUGCGGUCUUCAAUCUAUCGAUCUCUCGCAACACCUAUAUGAUCAGAUGUUCGUUGAGAGCGUGGGCAACUACCACGAUGUCGAGUGGCAUUUCACCAGCUAG